GAAAAGAAAAAAGGAAACAGGGUGAGAUAACCGAAUCGUGUGAUGGUGGUGACUGCGGAUUGGAGGCAAACACGGAAAAGGAACUAAAACGUAAGAUCUUGUGAGAGAGAUUCGCUGUCGUCGUCGCGGUAACCACUGCGUAAGGGAGUAAUAACCGACAGCCGUGAUAAGGUUAAAAUAGUAUCAUUGUAGUUUCGAAAUGCAAACAAAACGCGGCAAAAACCUAAUUGCAAGUAAUUUACAAAAUAUGUCAGUCAUGCUCAAACGGAGCGGUGUAAUCUAUAAAAAGGUAUUUGAAAUGGACAUCGCUCUGCUGGUCACUCGGCAAUAGCACUCCAGUUGAAUUUUGCAAUCGCAAGCUACCAGGUAGCAGACUAGUUUACGGGGAGGAUGAAGAGUUAUUACGUGUUAUCAGUAUUGUUAGCAGUAGCAUACAUUAGCAGGAAUGUCUAUAGUCGACCGAGUGAUAGUGAUUCGUUAAGAAUGGUUCUCGCAAUGUUUCGUCAUGGCGCUCGCAGCCCUUUGCAGUCGUUUCCCACGGAUCCCAAUGUAAACUAUCCAUGGCUCUAUGGAAAGGAGGAGUUGCAACCGCUAGGUUUUGAACAGAUGUACCAACUCGGACAAAAUAUGCGUCUUCGGUACAAAUUCUUCAUUCCGGACGAUACCAUUGCGAUGAAACGUAGCAUUUAUGCCAUCAGUAGCUGUCUGCAGCGCUGUAUUGACAGUGCCCAAGCAUUUCUCACUGGUUUUCUGAAGACCUCGAAUAGUUCAAUGAUCCGAAGACAACCUGUACCUAUCAAUGUAAUUCCUCCAGAUCAAGAUACGUUCAUCCGCCAAAACAAAACCUGCGAAAAGGUAAAACACAUCAUGGCACAGGAAAUGGCUAACAAUGCCUCAUUCCUGUCCACUCUUAACCGGGAAGCAGAAGCCUUGAAAAAGCUGAUUUCCACGGAGGUAGGAACACCCAUCACAUCCACCAUGGAUACAGCUCUGAUCUGUGACUCCCUAGAGGUGUACAACACUUUCGGUCUUAAACAACCCAGCUGGGCGUACAAGAUCUACCCGGACCGAGCGCGGGCAUUCCUACAGGGCUUCCUGAUCAGUUAUUCCUCAACACCGGAGCUAAAGCACAUACGCGGUGGAGCGAUUCUCUCCGAAUAUCUGAAGAAAAUGAAGGCCAAACGGGACGGAACGCUAAGGUACAGUCAGAGGAUGUUCUUCUACUCGGGCCACGACGUGACCCAAGUCAAUCUAUUCAAUAGCUUGGGUAUGAAGGAGCAAACGCUGCGACGACCGGAACUGGGGUCGGCGAUUGUCUUUGAGUUGCACAAAAACAAGGACCUCUGGAUGGACUGGGAGCUACGAAUGUUCCAUUACGAGAACUCCUCGGUACAAACGCCCACAGAACUGGCGAUACCCAACUGUCCAGAACCGUGUAGACUGACAACGUUUGAACAGACUGUGAAGCAUUUGUUGUUCGAUGAUUACGAUGAACUGUGUUCAACUUGGUAGAAUAAGUUGUAUUAUUGUUGUGGAUAAAUAAAAACAGUCCUUCAAAGAA